AUGGUGAAACAAAACGCGGUGGGUAUCGACUUGGGCACGACGUAUUCGUGUGUUGGUGUGUUCAUGCACGGUAAGGUGGAGGUGAUUGCGAAUGACCAAGGCAAUCGCACCACCCCAUCCUAUGUGGCAUUUACUGAUACUGAACGUCUCAUUGGAGAUGCGGCCAAAAAUCAAGUGGCCAUGAACCCACACAACACUGUCUUCGAUUGCAAACGCUUGAUCGGGCGUCGUUUCGAUGACGCGGCCGUGCAGUCGGACAUGAAGCAUUGGCCCUUCAAGGUGAUCAAUGCUGAGGGUGGUAAGCCAAAGGUACAGGUGGAGUAUAAAGGAGAGACGAAGACGUUCACGCCCGAGGAGAUCUCAUCGAUGGUACUGACCAAGAUGAAGGAAACCGCUGAGGCGUUCUUGGGCAACCCAGUCAAGGAUGCAGUGGUGACCGUGCCGGCUUAUUUCAACGACUCGCAGCGUCAAGCCACCAAGGAUUCCGGAGCGAUUGCCGGUCUGAAUGUGCUGCGUAUCAUCAACGAACCCACUGCUGCGGCUAUCGCCUACGGAUUGGACAAGAAGGGAUCUGGUGAACGUAAUGUGUUGAUCUUCGACUUGGGCGGUGGUACGUUCGAUGUGUCAAUUCUGACGAUCGAGGACGGUAUUUUUGAAGUGAAGUCGACGGCCGGUGACACGCAUUUGGGCGGUGAGGACUUCGACAACCGAUUGGUAAACCACUUCGUGGCCGAGUUCAAGCGCAAGCACAAGAAGGACCUGUCGACGAACCCCAGGGCACUGCGACGUCUGCGUACGGCGUGUGAACGUGCCAAACGCACCCUGUCAAGCUCAUCUCAAGCUAGUAUUGAGAUCGAUUCACUGUUCGAGGGCAUCGACUUCUACACGAACAUCACCCGUGCCCGAUUCGAGGAGCUGUGCGCUGAUCUCUUCAGAUCAACGAUGGAGCCAGUCGAGAAGGCGCUUAGAGAUGCCAAGAUGGACAAGUCUUUAAUGCACGAUAUCGUUUUGGUUGGCGGGUCGACGCGUAUCCCGAAGGUGCAGAAACUGCUGUCGGACUUCUUCUCGGGCAAGGAGCUGAAUAAGUCGAUCAACCCCGACGAGGCAGUGGCCUAUGGAGCGGCCGUACAGGCAGCUNUUGAAGUAGGUUGGGUGGUUUUGAGACGGGAGUGUUUAGGGUUGGUUUUUGGAUUGGGAGGACUUGAAUUUGUCGGGUUUUCGGGGUAUUUUGGGGAGGUAUAUGAAGGUGAGCGUUCAAUGACGAAGGACAACAAUCUGCUGGGUAAAUUUGAGCUAUCGGGUAUUCCCCCAGCCCCCCGAGGUGUACCCCAGAUCGAGGUCACCUUCGACAUCGACGCGAACGGCAUUCUGAAUGUAUCGGCUCAAGACAAGUCGACCGGCAAGCAGAACAAGAUCACGAUCACCAACGAUAAGGGACGUCUGUCGAAGGACGAAAUCGAUAGAAUGGUGCAGGAGGCCGAGAAAUACAAGGCGGACGAUGACGCGCAGAAGGAGAGAGUGGCCUCGAAGAACGCGUUGGAAUCGUAUGCAUUCAACAUGAAGCAGACGGUCGCUGACGAGAAGCUGAAGGACAAGAUUUCGGCGGAUGAUCGCAAGAAGAUCGAAGAGAAAUGCGAUGAGAUCAUCAAGUGGCUGGAUCACAACCAGACGGCAGAGAAGGACGAGUACGAGCACAUGCAGAAGGAGUUGGAGGGAGUGUGCAACCCGAUCAUCACGAAGCUUUAUCAAGGAGCUGGCGGUGGAAUGCCAGGAGGCGGCUUCCCGGGCGGUGCGCCAGGAGGUGGAGCUGGUGCCCAGAGCGGUGGAGCUGGUGGACCGACAAUAGAAGAGGUUGACUAA